AUGGCCUUCACCAAUGGGGUUUCGGCUUCUCCUAUCUCCAAUGCCGUGAGUAUCAGGGAUGAGCUUGCAGCUAGUGACGAUGAGAGCCAGUCCCCCGAUCCGUCGAUGAACCACGUUGCUCCCGAUUCCUCCCCCGACGGAGAUGCCGCGGACGAGUCAUACGAUGCUGGUUUUCUAGAUGCUGAGGCCGACAGGGAUAAUGUUCCAGUGGAGAACAGCGACAAAGAUAGCAACCCCUCCAGCGGUGAAAAUUCUUCAUCGCCUGGAAUGAAUCGAGGCACGAAACGGAAGUCACCGUCAGUCAAUGAAUCGGACUACAUCAGGCAGAAUCCCGAUUUAUACGGGCUAAGACGAAGCGGUCGGGCUCGCACGACGCGACAGGUUGCCCAAUCCGUUUCCGACUCUGAUUCUGACGCCGUGGCUCCCCGUGCUAGGCGUCGGCGCCCUGUGGCCCCGCAACACUCUUCCAAGCGUCCCUCACGUUCCGCAACACGUUCGUCAUUCUCUGAAGAGUCAGAUAGCGAUGAAUAUGGCGGUAGUCGCGCACGCGCGAGUAAAGCGAAGCGCCGGCGACUACUGCAGAUAGCAUCAAAUGAACCUUCCCACGCCGAAAUUCGCUUCUCCACUAGAAACGCCUCCAGGGUCUCGAACUAUAACGAGGACGAUGAUGACUCUAUGUUUGAGGAUGAUCCCGAUGACCUAGAACAGAGCUACUGGGUUAACACUGUGGAGGAUGACCGCCCGGCCGUUGAUAUCGUGCUCAACCAUCGCCUUACAGAUGGUGCAAACUUGACAAACCCCAAUAUCGGUCGUCAUGACUUCGAAUAUUAUAUUAAAUGGCAAGGCAAGUCGCACUAUCAUGCGACAUGGGAAACCACUGAAUCUCUCGCCAAUUGUCGCAGUAUUCGUCGCCUUGACAACUACAUUCGAAGGGCCGUGUACGAAGACAUUCGUUUGAAGCAGGAUGAAGAUGUUGCCCCAGAGGACAGAGAGAAAUGGAAUCUUGACCGCGAGAGAGAUGUAGAUGCCAUUGAAGAUUAUAAAAAAGUCGAACGAGUGAUCGGUAUGCGAGAUGGUGAAGAGGAGACUGAAUACUAUGUGAAAUGGAAGCGCCUCUUGUACGACUCUUGCACAUGGGAGAGCGAAGAGCUCGUUAGUAGGAUUGCUCAGCACGAGAUAGACCGGUUUCUAGAUCGUUCCUCCCGGCCACCUUUUUCGGACAAGACCGAAUCAAACCCUGCCACGCGAAAACCUUUUGAGACCGUCAAAGGCACGCCAAGCUUCUUAGAAAAUGGGGAGUUGAAGGAGUUUCAGGUGAAGGGUGUCAACUUUAUGGCUUUCAAUUGGGUGAAAAAUCGCAAUGUCGUCCUUGCCGACGAGAUGGGUCUGGGUAAAACUGUACAGACCGUUGCCUUCAUCAAUUGGCUACGCCACGUUCGGCGUCAGCAAGGGCCCUUUGUUGUUGUUGUUCCCCUGUCGACCAUGCCUUCAUGGGCCGAGACGUUUGACUAUUGGACUCCUGACUUAAAUUAUAUUGUGUACAACGGCAAUGAAGCUGCUCGCACUGUCCUGCGAGAGCAUGAACUUAUGAUGGAUGGCAACCCGAAGCGGCCCAAAUUCAAUGUUCUUCUGACAACUUACGAGUAUGUAUUGCAGGAUUCGACUUUCCUGAGUCAAUUUAAAUGGCAGUUCAUGGCUAUCGACGAGGCGCAUCGCCUGAAGAACCGUGAAUCGCAACUAUACCAGAAGUUGCUAGAGUUCAGGGCGCCCGCUCGCCUUCUCAUAACUGGAACCCCGAUUCAAAACAACCUUGCUGAGCUGUCCGCUUUGCUAGAUUUCCUGAAUCCUGGUCUUGUGGACAUCGAUGCCGAUAUGGAUCUGAACUCAGAAGUCGCUUCUCAAAAACUCGCGGAGCUGACGAAAGCAAUCCAGCCUUUCAUGUUACGUCGAACUAAAUCAAAGGUGGAAUCGGAUCUGCCACCCAAGACUGAAAAGAUCAUUCGAGUGGAGCUUUCUGACAUCCAGCUGGAAUAUUAUAAGAACAUUCUGACUAAAAACUACGCUGCCCUGAAUGAAGGUGCUAAAGGCCACAAACAAUCGCUCUUGAACAUCAUGAUGGAAUUGAAAAAAGCAAGUAAUCAUCCUUUCAUGUUUCCCAACGCCGAGGCAAGGAUCUUGGAAGGCAGCACCCGGCGGGAAGACCUAUUGAGGGCCAUGAUUACUAGCAGCGGUAAAAUGAUGCUUCUGGACCAGCUUCUGGCGAAGUUAAAACGGGAUGGCCACCGUGUUCUGAUUUUCAGCCAAAUGGUCAAAAUGCUUGACUUGCUUGGUGAAUACAUGGAAUACCGCGGCUAUACGUACCAACGUCUUGAUGGAACUAUCCCUGCUGCUGCUCGUCGCCUUGCCAUUGAACACUACAAUGCUCCCGGGAGUAGCGAUUUUGCUUUCAUCCUCUCAACCAGAGCCGGUGGUCUUGGAAUUAACCUCAUGACUGCCGACACUGUUGUUCUGUUCGACUCGGACUGGAACCCUCAAGCUGAUCUUCAAGCUAUGGCCAGAGCCCACCGUAUUGGACAGACAAAGCCUGUCAGUGUGUAUCGUCUUGUGUCUAAAGAUACAGUGGAGGAAGAAGUUAUCGAGCGAGCUCGGAAUAAGCUGCUUCUUGAAUUCAUUACUAUUCAACGGGGCGUCACGGACAAAGAAGCGUCUGAAAUGCAGAACAAGAUGGCUCGGUCAGUUGGGGAGCCGAAUUCGACGGAUGAUAUUUCCCGCAUUCUCAAGCGCCGCGGUCAAAGGAUGUUUGAGCAGACAGGCAACCAAGAGAAGUUGGAGCAGCUUGACAUCGACUCAGUUCUUGCAAAUGCUGAACUUCAUCAGACUGAACAAGCAGAAGAGAUCCAAGCCGAUGGUGGUGAGGAAUUCCUCAAAGCAUUUGAUUACGUUGACAUCAAGGUCGAUGAUCUUACGUGGGACGAUAUUAUCCCCAAGGAUCAGCUGGAGGAGAUUAAGGCUGAGGAGAAAAAGAAAGCGGACGAGCGCUACCUUGCUGAAGUUAUCGAGCAAAACCGGCCCCGCAAACGCAAUGCCCCUGGGGAUGAACAGGACUCGAGAGAAGAGCGAAAAGCUAAGAGACGAGCAAGGGCCCAAGUCAGCAUGGAGGGCGGCGAUGAAUCCGAUUCGAAUGCUCAGUCUGAUCCGAAACGACCACUGGUGGAGAAAGAGUACCGCCACCUUCUUCGAGCUUUCUUACGCUAUGGUGACAUCCACAAUCGCGAAGAAGAUAUCAUCCGGGAGGCACGUCUCCUAGACCGUGAUAAGGAGACUGUCUUGUCCGCUCUACGUGAAAUCACCGAAAGAGCCGCUGCUCUUGUUCGAGAGGACACCGAGAGGAUGGAAGCUCUUGAGAACGCGGGUAAGAUGCCGACGAAAAAAGAAAAGAAGGCAGUUUUGUUCGAUCUUCAUGGAGUUAAGCGUCUAAACGCUUAUACUAUCGUCGAACGCCCAACUGAGAUGCGUAUACUGAAGGAAGCUGUCUCAUCAGCGCCUGAUCCCAAGAGCUUUCGCAUCCCCGAAGCUACCAAGGCGGCAGAUUAUACCUGCUCGUGGGGAGCACGCGAAGACGGUAUGCUUUGUAUAGGUAUUUCACGCCACGGCUAUGGCGCUUGGGUUCAAAUCAGAGAUGACCCAGAUCUUGGACUUGGCGAUAAAUUUUUCCUUGAAGAGCAUCGUGUGGAGCGGAAGAAUGAACGGAUGAACGCCGAAGACAAGUCGACUAAAUCCCCUGGAGCUGUACACCUUGUCCGCCGCGCGGACUAUUUGCUAUCUGUUCUAAGGGACAAGGUCACGAAUGGCGCGAGCGUCAACGCAAAAAGGGCCGUCGAAAACCAUCAUCGUAAUAACAGAAAGGGCCGUCACAAUACAAGCGCUAGCGUGUCAGCCUCACCAGCGCCCUCCAUCUCUCGUAAAGGGCAUCGUGAAUUCGACCGGUCCAGACAUCGUUCUAAUACCCGCGGUAUUCGCGACAGUGUCGAGCGGCAUCAUACGCCGAGUCACGACUCACGACCUAGGUCUGUACAUGACGGCGAACGCAGUCGCCACAGGAACUCAGAUGCGUCCAGUGAAGAUGUUCGUCGCCGCAAAAACAGUGAGAAUGGAUACUCUGCUGGGAAAGAGGACAUUUCUCGUUUGUUCUUCAAGCCAAUUCGUGAUGACCUGAAACGCGUUUCGGCAGUCACCAAGGAGAAUUUCGCCAAUAAAAUUGAGCGUGCCUCGGAGUUGCGGAAUCUACUUCAUAAAAUUGGCGAUUUUAUCGAUCGUACAUUGCGGGGAGAGAACUCUAUCCCGCAUUAUGUUGCGGUUAAUCAUUGGCCGAAUAAAGAUGCAGGAGGAACCAAACUCCAAGAAAUGUAUCGAAAACUGAAGGCUGCUAACAAGGAUGCGACUGCAGCCAAGCCCCCAUCUACUGGCAACUAG